AUGAUGAUACACGCGGUCCUUCACUUUUGCCUUCUAGCGAAACUUUGUGUGUCUUUUGACAGCGCCAGAUUUCUCCAAAGCAGAAAGAGCCCCUCUUGUACGACGACAUUGUCGAGCUCAGUGUCUUCUUUUGAGAAAACGGGGAUUACACGAGAGCUACAAUGGGAUCCAGUGCCGACGCCUAUACCAUUGAGGAAAGAACUUGACUUACUAGAAAGUGGAGUCUUGAUGCAACGGGGAGAGUUUUGUAUGCUGCAUGGGGAUCGGUUGCAGGAAGUGGAAGACGAAUGCCUAAAAUUGGGAAUGACACUGCCACAAGGACUGCUGAUUCGGCGGCAGCUGAUGGUAUCCAAAGUAGUACGGAGUUCUUGGAUGCUAAAGGACAGAAGUAAGCUUGGCGAUAUCAGGCGCAAAUUCCAAGAUGAAGGGUGGUCCUUACUGGAAUUGUCAGAAGACAUCGACCAGCCACCUGUCAGUAUAUUACGUGCCAUUAUAGCAGAAAGGGUGUUUAGAGCCUAUCCAGACAUGCGUAUUGGUGACCAAAAACGGAUUGUCAGGUCUAUCAUCAGCGAAAAAGAUCCUGAUAAAAUCGGAAAGUUCUUGACGGAUCGUGAACUCUCCGAACUCCAAACUGCAAAAGAAUUUGAUGUGGUAGGUUUCCAAAUAAGCACCGCGACCCCCGUACUGUGGGAGGAGGCUCUCUACACUUAUCUUAACGAACAAAAGAUAAACUAUGUUUCAGAAGAAACGCUGCGAGAUGCAGAAAUCAGUUUCACACCUGAUUGCCUGAUAUUGGAUGAUUGUUAUAUAAAUGGUCAACUGAUUCGUUGGAUGGAUGUGAAGAGUUUCUAUGGAUCUGGAUUGAGAGAGAACAAACACUUUACCAACUCGCUGAAAAAGCAAAUUGGAAGGUAUGAAACCGAGUUCGGGGAAAGUGGAGCAGUUGUAUUCAAGCAUGGAUUCAGUAGCAAGCUGCAAAGUAAGUUUCCGUCAACACUGUUCCUCGAUGCAGGACCCUUGGUAGAUGACAUGAAAUUCAAAGGGGAAGACAAUCUUUGA